CCCUCCGCAACAUCUUCGUCAGCAUCCCCUUGCCCACUUUCUCUCUCCAUUCUUCCACCAUGAGUACCACGACAACGGUUACCGAAACGCCAAAGAUUACGGCUGAGAAUGUCGCAACGCUCUUUCCCGAUGUCGACACUUCGCUUGCUCGUGAGGUGCUCCCGACCGCGACAAAUGCCCCUGCCGCUGGGUCCAGCGACGAUCUCGCCGGUUACGAUGAGGAACAAGUUCGUUUGAUGGACGAAGUGUGCAUUGUUCUGGAUGAGGAUGAUAAGCCCAUCGGUAGUGCCAGCAAGAAGACCUGCCACUUGAUGACGAACAUUGAUCGCGGCCUUCUUCACCGGGCUUUCUCGGUUUUCCUCUUCGACUCCAACAACCGUCUGCUCCUCCAACAGCGCGCCUCCGAGAAGAUCACAUUCCCUGACAUGUGGACGAACACCUGCUGCUCCCAUCCGCUGGGCAUCCCCGGCGAGACCGGCUCCGAGCUCGAUGCGGCCAUCCUCGGCGUCAAGCGCGCGGCGCAGCGGAAAUUGGAACAGGAGCUGGGCAUCAAGCCGGAGCAGGUACCGCUGGACAAGUUUGAGUUCUUCACCAGAAUUCACUACAAGGCGCCUAGUGAUGGCAAGUGGGGAGAGCAUGAGAUUGAUUACAUCCUCUUCAUCCAAGCCGACGUCGAUCUGAACAUCAACCCCAACGAGAUCCGUGAUACCUGCUACGUCUCCGCCGACGAGCUGAAGCAGAUGUUCGAGAAGCCCGGUCUCAAGUUCACGCCCUGGUUCAAGCUUAUCUGCAACUCGAUGCUGUUCGAGUGGUGGAGCCACCGCGGCUCUCCCUCCCUGGAGUCUUACAAGAACGAGAAGGGCAUUCGUCGGAUGUAAAGGUGUGGGCGAUGAGACUUGGUGACGGAUUCGUUUGCAUUUGCAUAUCUAUCUUAAUAUUCCUGUUGUCGCUGCUGUGCUCGGUUCCCCACAGACAGUGUUUCUUGAGGCUUCGGUUAUUUUCUUUCUUUAUUCCCCCUUCAAUGCUACAUGGCUAGCGGUUCGAUGCUCUACUAUGAGCCAAGCACAUAUUCUAUUGUGGUUUCAAAC